AUGCGUAAGGCUGCUGUUGCCACUGGGGGGAGGGUCGCUAAUGCAGCCAUUCUCAGGACUAAGUAUAACCUAUUGCCGCCUCCCCAGGCUGCGAAUUUCCCUAAUCGGCCGACCAGGAACUACCUGCAGAUCAUGGUCAUCAAGAUCAUCACUAGACUCUGCCUGGUGUCGGACAGAGCGUUGAGCCAGAGUAUGUGUAUGCGGUAUAAGGAUGUGGUGUUGAAUAAGACUGAGAACUUCCAUCCAACAGCGACCAUCACAGAGGCAGCAGCAGCAACUGCCGCUAUACCUCCUUCCGGGCGAGGUGCCGCGAGCCCCUACGACUAUCCUCCUGGAUACGGCCCUAAUGCGGCCCCUAAUGUUGUUACGCUCUUCCUCUCACUGGAGUAUGCCGCCGUGCUCGACAUGUGUACGUGUAUGGUCACUCGAUUACCCCAAGGCGAGGCUGCGGUUAAGCAGUUCGUACAGAAGUUGGAGCAUCAUCACAACCCUUGGUUCAACGUAGCCAAUAUGCACGACCAUCUGCGGAAGAUCCUCAAAGCGGUCCGUCAGAGUGCCAUUUCGGGGACCUUGCAGACAUCGGCUGAGGACGAGGCGUCAGAGGGGGUGCUCUUGGUGGCGCCCGCCCUCAUGCGUAUACUAUCGGCCUGUGCUGAUGUCGGCGAGGGCGCUGUCACAUCGUGGCAAGGUGGAGCCACUCUGGUUGAAGUCUUGACUGGUGCACCUCCUUAUUCUGUACUGGCUCGUAAUGAGGUAACGAUCGCUUGCCUCACCGGGUUGGCCUAUGCUAGACCUAGAGGAGUGGACACUGCCGCCCAUGCUAGAGCGGUACUCCAAGCUAUCAUACAGCGGACGACUUUGCUCAACUCCUUGCCUUCACCGGACAAUGGGGAGUCGCCAUCAGAGGUUUCAGCGGCUCUCGUCAGGCUCAUCACGUCACUCUUCCAACGCCUACCGGAGUCUCAACGAUGGUCUCCUGGGCAGCAAGCGGAGGCGUGGGUGAAAGUCUCGGACCAUGUG